CACCACACAGUUUCUGGGGUCCUGGACGCAUUGACCGGUGCAUUUGGGCAUUGUCAGUUGUUCGACUGCAUACUCGCAUUGUAUAUCAACCAUGCCAGUGAUUGAUGUAUCUGUUUCGCUGUCCAACGUCUUUAAUCCGAAACUUCCGUCAUGCGUCGCCAAGCUCGGUCACGACGAACUUAUUCUCAUAGAACUACAAGGCACGCUCGAUAUCGAGUGCGAUGAAGACACCACUAGAGACGGGCAGUUCGUUGGCAAAUUGAACCUCAACGACACUAACAAACCCACGCUGACAAUCGGACAUCAUCUACUUGAGGGCAAGAUCGUAACCUUACCUAAGCCAUUGGGCGUCAUGCAUCGCAAGGAAAGCUCCAAGAGACAGGGCGGCUAUCCUACCGACGGAGAUAGCUCUAGAUCGGUGGAAGACACUUGGAACCCUGGCGUUAGCUGGGGCAUUGUUGCCGUGGUGAAAAAAAAGAUUGUAUUCUCCAAACGACCCAUGCCGAUCCUGAACUCGGACGGUAGAAGCAGGGUUUGAAUUGGAUGAAGAUGUACAAUUCUUGAUACGACUGUCGUCGUGCGACCGCGAUGGAGCGUGGUUGGCAUGCUCCAAUCGAUGUACAGGAAUCAUCAUUCAGCGAAGCUACCAGGGCCAGAGCAGCUUCCACGAUCACCAGUCUAUCACCAACAGAGCGAACAAACCUGCGACUGAGGUCACGACCUAUUUUCUAUACACGAUGUUUGACCUGACCCUCGGGGGGAAUAGCAUUAUAUACGGUGGCAACGUCAGGGUGACAUAUACGAUGGGAUAAUGAAUCAAGGAUAUGUCUUACUAUCAAACAUUGUGCCGUCACAGGCUCAGCUUCAGGAAACAUCCUAGUGCAUCCUCUUUGAAUGACGUUCACACUCUUAGAUACUUAUCGGUCAGGCACAGCCAAUAUGCAAUUCAG